CGUCGUUACAAUAUAUCUGAAUUCCGUCUUUACCUGUUAUUCUCAACGGUUUUAGAGAGAGAAACCUAAGAAAUUCAAAUUUUCUCGACGCAUCCAUCUGAGAAGAAGGAGGGGAGAAGGAAGAUUUCCCCUCUUCACAUUCAAUGAAGUUAUGAAUACAUUAGGCUUUUGCAUCACCAGACUCAAGACACUUUUCUUAAAUCUUGUCUUCAUGAGGUAAAAGUUUUUGUUUUCUGCGUUUAUCUGUCGACUUUGCAUUCCCUCUGAGACGUGUCUUAAACUGUCGACUUCCUCCAUGAUUCUGCAGAAUUGAGCACAUUGAUUGUUAAUGAACUAAGAGACCUCGAAACCUGAGUUUUAGGUUUCUUUUUGUCAUUUACAUUUAGAUUAUCGAAGAAAUCGAUCGUAUUUGAAGGCCCGGGAUCUAAAUAUAGGGUUUUUGGAUGCGUGUUACUGGGGCAAUGUCGUUUCAGCGACAUUGUUCAAAGUUUCCAACAAAACAUCAGUUUUUACAGGUGAUUGAACAAUUGUGAUUUUGGUGUGAGAAAUGAUGCUUCCGAUGUCGCCAUCAACAGCAGCGAGGAGUUCUCUUGAGGAAAUGUUGGACGCCCUCCGGAAGAGGGACGAGAAUGAAAAGUCCAAGGACUUGCCGCCUGCCCUGCCCUCCCGACCAUCCUCUAAGGCUCGCAGGCCAUCUUCACGUUGGCAGUUACUGACAAAUAUGGAGGUGGAUGUUGUUGCUGCAGCUGAUGUUUCCAACACUUCGUCGUUACCUGAGAAUAAUCUUAAUCAUUCUACAACGAGGGCAGAGUCUAAAAGAAGACCACGAGCUGGUAGUUUUGGAGGUCAAAAGGAUAAAGAGUUACCUGGGGAAUCCCCUUAUGUUCCCAUGGCUGAGGAGAAGACAAAAGAAAAGAUGCCCAAACAAAUGGAGGUUCAAACUCUAGCCAAUAAUAACCAUAAUUCGUCUUCUAAAUCAAGGGUUCAGGAAUCUGAAUGUGGUGACAACAUUUGCUACUUCAUUAAGAAGAAACUUCAUGUUUGGGGGCGGCUUCCAAAUAGGCGGUGGGAGUUGGGGCAGAUAACAUCAACCUUAGGGGAGAAGGCAGCCAUUAUGCUCUCAGAUGGAACGGUUGCUGAGGUGUUAAAAGCAGAUCUUUUACCUGCAAAUCCAGAUAUCCUUGAGGCUGUGGAUGAUCUUAUACAACUCAGUUACUUGAAUGAGCCAUCAGUUCUACACAACCUACAGUGCAGAUACUCUAAAGAUAUAAUUUACAGCAAAGCAGGAUGUGUUUUGAUAGCAAUAAAUCCCUUCAAAGAUGUCAACUGCUAUGGAAGUGACUUCAUAACGGCAUUCAGGGAGAAACUCUUUGAAAAUCCACAUGUUUAUGCUAUUGCAGAUACGGCAUACAAUGAAAUGAUGAGAGAUGGGAUAAAUCAAUCAAUUAUCAUCAGUGGGGAAAGUGGGGCUGGGAAAACUGAAACUGCGAAAGUUGCCAUGCAAUACUUGGCCGCCAUUGGUGAUGGAAAUAGUGGAAUUGAAUCUGAAAUCCUUCAAACAAGCAGUAUUUUAGAAGCAUUUGGGAAUGCCAAAACUGUCAGAAAUGACAACUCUAGCAGAUUUGGGAAGUUAAUUGAAAUUCAUUUUAGCGCUACAGGAAAUAUAUGUGGAGCUCAAAUACAAACUUUUUUGCUCGAGAAGUCAAGGGUGGUUCAGCUAGCUCACCAAGAAAGGUCAUACCACAUCUUUUACCAACUGUGUGCUGGCGCUUCAUCAGACCUCAAAGCUCAAUUGAACCUUAAAACAGCAAGCGAGUACAAUUAUCUGAAUCAGAGUCAGUGCUUGAACAUUGAUGGCAUUGAUGAUGCUCACAGUUUUAAAAGACUUUUGGAAGCACUGCAUACUGUCAAAAUUUCAAAAGAUGAUCAAAAGCAAUCCUUUGAAAUGCUUGCCGCAGUAUUGUGGCUGGGAAACAUAUCAUUUCAAGUAGACAACGAAAAUCAUGCAGAGGUUGUGGCAGAUGAAGCUGUUACCACUUCUGCUAGAUUGUUGGGUUGCAGCAACCAGGACCUCAUGGCAGCUUUAUCUACCUACAGAAUUCUAGCAGGGAAGGACAUUGUUGCUAAAAAAUUAACAAUGCAGCAGGCAAUUGACUCUAGAGAUGCUUUAGCAAAAUUCAUAUAUGGAAGCUUGUUCGACUGGCUUGUUGAAGAAAUGAACAAGUCACUCAAAUUCGGAAAACAAUAUACGGGGAGAUCCAUAAGUAUCCUAGAUAUCUAUGGUUUUGAAUCGCUCAAGAAGAAUAGCUUUGAACAAUUGUGUAUAAACUAUGCAAAUGAGAGGCUGCAGCAACAUUUUACUCGACAUCUGUUUAAACUAGAACAGGAGGAGUACGAUUUUGAAGGAAUUGACUGGACAAAAGUUGCUUUUGUUGACAAUCAGGAAUGUUUGGAUCUCUUUGAGAAGAAACCAAUUGGCUUGUUGUCUUUGUUGGAUGAGGAAUCAAAAUUUCCCAAAGCUACUGAUCUAACGUUUGGCAACAAGCUCAAACAACACCUAAGCAACAAUCCUCACUUCAAAGGAGAAAGAAGCAGUGCUUUUGUCAUUCGCCAUUAUGCUGGAGAGGUUCUAUAUGACACAAAUGGAUUCUUGGAGAAAAAUAGAGACCCACUGCACUCGGAUAUCCUCCAACUGCUCUCAUCAUGUGGCAACCGACUUCCUCAACUGUUCGGUUCUUGUAUCCUUAACCAUCAACAAAAACCGGAUACUUCUAUGUCCCAUAUAGGUUUGAUUGAUCCCCAGAAGCAAAGUGUAGGAACAAAAUUUAAGAAUCAAUUAUUCAAAUUAAUGCAACAAUUAGAGGGCUCCACGCCACAUUUUAUUCGAUGCAUAAAACCCAACAAUAAGAAGCUAUCAGGAGUGUAUGAGAAGGACCUUGUCUUAGAGCAACUUCGAUAUGGUGGAAUUCUGGAGGUUGUCCGCAUCUCUAGAUAUGGAUAUCCUACUCGAGUGACGCAUCAAGAAUUUGCGAGAAGGUAUGCUUUCCUGCUUCCUGAUGACUAUGCUGGUGAAGAUCCAUUGAGCACAUCAAUUGCCAUUCUGCAGCAAUUUGACAUCCUACCUGAGAUGUAUCAAGUUGGUUAUACAAAGCUAUAUUUCAGAACAGGACAGAUAUCUGCGAUAGAGGAUACAAGGAAACAACUAUUGCAAGGGACUCUGAAGAUGCAGAAACGAUUUCGUGGUCACAGGGCUCGUCGUCACUUCAGUGAACUGAAAAAAGGAGUAAUAACAAUGCAAUCAUUUAUUCGCAGCGAAAAUGCUAGACGGGAGUGGGUUGUAUUGACAAAACUGAAACAGAAGGCUGCUCAGAAAAUAAUUGAUGAUAGAAUUUCUGCGAUUACUCUUGUACAAUCUGUUAUUCGUGGCUGGCUGACUAGAAAGCAUGUUGGCGAUCUGCAGAACUUGAAAUCAAUCAAUCCAGAUACUAAUAAGCAAACACUGAGGAAGAAUUCAGAGGCUAAGGUGGCAACACAGGAGCUUAUUCAGGUGCCCCCUUCUGUACUUGAAAUGCUCCAUAAACGGGUUUCAGAGGCAGAAGCAACCGUUGCACAAAAAGAACAUGAAAACGUUGAAUUAAAGAGACAUUUGCAGCAAUAUGAAUCCAAAUGGUUAGAUUAUGAGUCAAAAAUGAAUGCAAUGGAGGAGAAAUGGAAAAGGCAGAUGGAAGCAUUGCAGGUCAAUCUUGAUGAAGCAAGGAAGACACUAUCAGGCGAAAACACCACAUCCAAUCAACAACAAUCUGGAAGGAGAGAUAUAUCACCCUACGAUUCCGAGGAUGGUAUGUCAAUGGGGCCUCCUACCCCAUUACCGGGUACCCCUGUAAAUAACUCCAAUAUUUCUUCACGAGAGCCAAAUGGUAGUGGCGCAUUUGGUAACAUGGAAAUGGAGUUUGAGCAACAAAGACAUAACUUUGAGGAUGAAGCCAAGGCUAUAAACAACAACAUGGCAUCAAGGCAUCCAGAUGAUGAAUUCCGAAAACUGAAACUGAGGUUUGAAAUGUGGAAGAAGGAUUACAAGACCCGGUUAAAAGAAACUAAAGUAAAAUUCCAUAGAGUAGCUCACUCUGAUACAGAAAAAGGUAGGAGAAAAUGGUGGAAGAGAAGCAAAUGAUUCUCGUCUGGAAAUCAAAGGGGAGCUCGGAUCUGAGUUAAAAAGGUAAAAAACGCAGGAAACUCUUCUGCUUGCAGGAUUUCAACAGUUUGUUGAGUUAAUGAGAGAUGCUAAAAAGAUGGAAGAGUAAUCUGAAUUUGUUCUUCUAAGUAUAAUAUAUGUACAAUCUGAGAUGUACUGUUGUAGUAUACUAAAGAAAGCACUCUUCUGUAAAUGAAAACCUCAAUUUCAGCUUUCAGCUGCAAUCCAUGAAGUUAUUAAUAUAGUCAUAUCUUUUAUUGUACAA